GUUUCAGCAUUUUUAUUUUCACUUUCUUGGUAGGCAUUCUAAAAAAUAAUGUCAACUUUACUUUCUAUGACUAGAAUGAGAGUUAAGACGCCUCUAAAGCCAAACCUUCGUCCUGUAGCUGCAGUGUGAGGGUGGGACAGAGGAUGAGACAAGGCUGUGUUUCACUUCAGUUCCUCAGAGGAGCAAGAAAACCACAAAGAGACUGAAUGCAUCAGUUUUAUUGUAAAAAACAGCAACAAUGAUAAAGGAUUGAAGAAGAGACAUCCACAAUCCUCUCACUUCCCAGUAGACAUGCCGUACUGCAGGGCUUAUAUUUUAUUCCCACAUUAGCCUGGCUUAGGUAGAUGAAGCUGAAUGUUCAUAAAGACAGAGGCUAAGACAGCAGGUGGUGGCACAUACCUUUAAUCUCAGCACUAGGAUGCAGAGACAUGGAUCUCUAUGAAUUUGAGGCCAGCCUGGUCUACAGAGUGAGUUCCAGAACAGCCAGGACUACACAAAACCACCCCCCCCAAAAAAAUCAGUUAUAGGCAAGGGCUGCCCCCCUGUAGCCAGCACUGUUUCUAAAGAUUUGCGUUUCUUUGUGCAUUAAGUUGUGUCACUCAAGACAAAGAGUUCACUUAGAUAUUGCCAUAUUUCUAACAAAGCUGAGAUGUUGUAACUCGUGAAUUGUACUACAAUAAGUGAAUUCUAUGGAAUUAUUAUUCAUCAGUUCAGUUUGUUUUUCUAAGAUUACUUUAAAAAAAAAAACCGCUGAAGACUGAACCUAAGGAGUUAUUCUCCACCAUGCGCUAUAGACACCAUGGUCUUAUAGACAGAUUGUUUCUGAGUAAUAAAGAACAAGCAGGAGAGAAGUCCCUCCUUAGUUAAGUUACUGUUGGGAUCUAAAGAAUAGAGUUGCAUUUAGUAGGGUCAGGUGGGCCUGCCAAUCUUGGGACAACCAGGCAGGAUACAGGUUGUGGGGGAUAUCUGGACUGUUUUUCUUAUCUUCUUACAUUUUUUUGUCACAUCCUAGGCAAGCCAAGCCGGGUCCCUUACUGGGUCUUCCUGGUAUUAAAGAGAAUGAGUUCUCAGGCCUGGAGACCUAAUAUUCUAGCUGGUCAGGCCCUUCACUUGGCCAAAGGGCUACCCGUAGAAGGGUAGACUCACCUUAAGUUAGAGAGAUAGGUGGGGUAAACUAGGAAUCCGUGAGAUCUUGCCCUCUUUCCUACCUAGAAUCCCAAUGCCCUGUGCAGGCUGCAGCUGUGUAGUUAGAUAAGCCAGCCUACUUUUAGAAUCUUUUCUCUCUUCCUAAUCUUGCUUUCCUUAACACUCUGGGCUUUCUUUGUUUUUGUAAAGUCUCCUUCCCUAUGCAGCUGCUAGCUGGACAUGCAUAUCUACCCUCUGUGCCAGCUUCAAUGGUGUCUUAACUACUGUUCUAUUGCUGGAGGAAACACCAUGACCAGGUCAGAAAAUAUUAAUUGGCAGCCUGCUUACAGUGCCGACAUGGCAUGAGGUUGUACAGGUAGACAUGGUGCUGGAGAAGUAGUUGAAAACUAUAUCCUGAUCUGCAGGCUGAGACAGAGACAGAGACUGGGCCUAGCAUGAGCUUUUGAAACCUCAAAAACCAACUUCCUUCAACAAGGCCACACCAUCUAAUUCUUCUGUUAUUCUACUCUCUGGUGACUAAACAUUCCAGUGCAUGGAGCCUAAGGGGGUCAUUUUUAUUUAACUACCACCAAUGGCAUGGCUGCUUCUCCCUCUUGGAAGCAGCUGAGGUUUACAUUCUUCAGAGUUGUUCUUUUAAUCUCUAAUAAUUUUUUUUUUUUUUUAUGAAACUAAGCAUCCCAAGAGGGGGAUACGGAUUUCUCCUGUCAUUUGGUGAGCACACAGAAGGACCUCUACCAUCCUAGCAACACCAGCAUAUGGAAGAACCUCGGUACUUCAGGAAGGAGAUGAGGCUCUGGGGUGAGAGCUUUGGUGCUGGAGAGGAAAGUCCCUUAUACAUUGUAGGAUACCAGUCAGAUGGCGGACUGUUGUAUUGCUAGCUGGGAGAAGAUCAAUAUCCAAACACAGCUUCUGCUCUGUUUCUUUGUAUGAUGUAUCCUCCUGUUUCUUAGGAUUCUGUUGUUAGUCCUCGUUCUCUACCCUCUCAGAAUUCAUGAGAAUAAUGUAACCGUGGAUUUAGCCAGAACUUUCAAUGAGUUUUUUUUUUAAAACAUUUUAUUAGCACUGAUUAAAUCUAGCAUGAAGCACUCAACCUGUUCCAUUUCUUUCUUUCUUUUUUUUUUUUUUUCUUUUUUUUUCGGAGCUGGGGACCGAACCCAGGGCCUUGCACUUGAUAGGCAAGCACUCUACCACUGAGCUAAAUCCCCAACCCAACCUGUUCCAUUUCUGCUACAGCGAGAAGGGAAUUUAAAAAAGGGAAUCACUGUGUGAAGUGUGGUAUGCCUUCCUUGGAAGCUAGCUAACUUUCUGACCUUUCUCUCAUUGGGUUCCAUACUCUGAACAUAAUGACCAUUUCCUUUUGAGCUAUUUGUUAAGAUAGAUUAAUGAAAGAGGUACACCUCUCUUUCUCUUUUUCAACUCAAAUGAGGUUUUUACCACAGUAACUAGCGUUAUCACUCAAAAGUUUUCCUACUGGAGAAGAAAAUGCCAGUAUCCCAGUGCUGGAGGUUAAAGGUAAUCUUAAAUCAUGAUUAAACAGGGGCAGAGAGAGGUAAAACCAGGGUCUAGUCAUUUGCCAAAAUCGUCAGUCAUUAGAUGGUUAGGGAGACUAGAGUCAAGAUGAAACCUAUGUGGUUUUACAGGUGUGGGGUUGCUAGAAAAGAACACCUCUUUCUGAAUUCAUACAGAGAAAGUCUUCACAAACAGCUAAUGAGUCCCUCCAAAGAGUUGGGUGACAUGAGCUGUCAUCAGUCUGUACAGCUGUAGACCAACAGUGAAAGGAAGGCCAUUUACAGGUGACAAGGAAAUUGUCCGAUCCUAGGCAGAGUGCCAGAUUAGGACGUUCCCAGGGGUGACUUUUCUCCUUGCAGCCAGUUCCACCCUGAGAAGCUGGUGCAAGUGGGGACCUGGGGUUGCAGCACAGGGCCCGCUCUUACAAUCUAGUCUAGCACUGUGUGGAGCCCCCGCGCGCAUGCGCACUAGUAUGGCCCAGGCAGAGCCUUAGCUCUCGGGCGUCCCCUCUUACCUCCUCACCCCGACCUACCCCAGACACCAGGCUCCCAGCGCGCCGGUCACCCGCGGGUCACCCGCCGGCUCGUCCCAGCCCGGCCGCGCGCCUGCGCUGGGGUCCUCGGGCGCGCGGGGUUACUAGAGGUGGAGCGCUGGGAGGGCGCGCGGCAGGAGGCGGACGCCGUUACGGCGGGAGCGUGGUCACGUGGGCGCUGGUCACCGCCGCCACCUCCCGCCCCAUUCUCUUGCUGGUCGGGCCAGGCCCGGCGUGUUCCACGAGAGCCCGGCAGACUGACGGGGAGAGAGAGAGCGAGCGAAAGAGAGAGAGAGAGAGAAAGAGAGAGAGAGAAAGGAGAGACAGAAAGAGAGAGAGAAAGGAGGGGAGGAGGAUGAUUCAGGGAGUAGGAGCUGGGGAGCCCUGCUGCGCUACAGAAAACUUCUGAUGGCUUGGUGAAGAGAAGAAAAACGUCAGAUAGGCCAAGUACUGUCAUACUGCAAUUACUUUUGGUGACUGUCUCUACCCUGUGCAAUGUAUAAGUCUGUGUCUGAAACUAGACAUCCUCUGCAGUCAGAAGAACAAGAAGUAGGCAUUGACCCCUUGUUCAGUUAUUCAAACAAGCCAAGAGGAGAUUCCUGUCAAAAUGGAAGAGGAGCAAAUUCCAACUUAGACUGCGACGGGACUUUCAGUUCAUAUAUGAGAGAGUGGGACGACCUCUUUGUAAAUAACAACUACUUGGCAGCAGUGAGGCAGAAGGGGAUUAAUGGGCAGCUGAGAAGCAGCAGGUUCCGCAGCAUUUGUUGGAAGCUCUUUCUUUGUGUUCUUCCUCAAGAUAAAAGUCAAUGGAUCAGUAGAAUUAAAGAACUAAGAUCCUGGUAUAGCAAUAUUAAAGAAAUACAUAUCACUAAUCCAAGGAAAGUUGUUGGCCAACAGGAUCUGAUGAUAAACAAUCCCCUCUCACAAGAUGAAGGAAGUCUUUGGAAUAAGUUCUUUCAAGAUAAAGAGCUGCGGUCCAUGAUUGAGCAAGAUGUCAGAAGAACGUUUCCUGAAAUGCAGUUUUUCCAACAAGAAAAUGUGAGAAAAAUUCUUACAGAUGUUCUGUUCUGCUAUGCUAGAGAAAACGAGCAGUUGCUUUAUAAACAGGGCAUGCAUGAGCUGCUAGCGCCCAUCAUCUUCACCCUUCACUGUGACCACCAAGCUUUUCUACACGCCAGUGAGUCUGCACAGCCCAGUGAGGAAAUGAAAACUCUCUUGAACCCUGAGUAUCUGGAGCAUGAUGCCUAUGCAAUGUUCUCACAGCUUAUGGAAACUGCUGAACCUUGGUUUUCCACUUUUGAGCAUGAUGGUCAAAAGGGAAAAGAAACUCUGAUGCCCCCCAUUCCCUUUGCUCGACCACAGGAUUUAGGACCAACAGUUGCCAUUGUUACAAAAGUCAACCAGAUCCAGGAUCAUCUACUGAAGAAGCAUGAUACUGAGCUCUACAUGCACUUGAACAGACUAGAAAUUCCACCACAAAUAUAUGGGUUACGGUGGGUGCGGCUGCUGUUCGGCAGAGAGUUCCCUCUACAGGACCUGCUGGUGGUCUGGGAUGCCCUGUUUGCGGACGGCCUCCACCUGAGUCUAGUUGACUAUGUCUUCACGGCCAUGCUGCUCUACAUCCGAGACGCUCUCCAGAUUUUAUUCUCCUCCCAGUCCACCCCCACUGACACAUCUCUCCUCCCCACUGUCUCCACAAGUGUGUCCCCACCCCACCCACCCGACCAGACCUCUAAACUUUCUGGGGCCGCCAGUCUCUUGAAGAUUAGAUGCAUCGUCUCUGACUGAGCCCAGAUCCAGGAGUCCUCGGCUGUGUAUGUGUUAGAGGCCUCAUCUCAGCUGCUGUGUGCUGCCUCGUUAGUGACCCAGUGUCUGAGAGAUCUCAGGGGUCCAGGUUAAUUGAGUCUACUGAUCUUCCUACAGGGUCGUCCUCCUCCUCAGCUUCCUCCAGCUUUUCCCUAAUCCAACCAGAGGGGUCAGCAGCUUCUGUUCGUUGGUUGGGUACAAAUAUCUGCAUCUGACUCCUUCAGCCGCUUAUUGGAUCUUUUGAAGGACAGUCAUGAUAGGUCCCUUUUUUGUGAAUGCCCCAUAGCCUCAGUAAUGGUUUCAGAUCUUGGGGCCUCCCCUUGAGCUGAAUCCCACUUUGGGCCUGUCACUGGACCUUCUUUUCCUCAGAAUCUUCUCCAUUUCUAUCCCUGCAUUUCCUUCAAACAGGAAGAAUCAUAGGUCAGAGCUUUGACUGUGGGAUAGCAACCCCAUGCCCUCACUUCAUGCCCUCUUUCUGCUGGAGGUGCGUUCAAUAAGUUCCCUCUUCCUACUGUAGGGCAUUUUAUCUAGGGUCCCCUUCUUUGAGUCCUGAGAGUCUCUCAUUUCCCAGGACUCUGGUACAUUCUAGAAGGUCCUCCAAACCUCCUUCCUCCUGAGGUCACCCAUUUCCAUUCUUUCUGCUGGCCCUCAGGGCUUCAGUCCUUUUCCCCAACCCAAUACCAAAUCAUAUUCCUGUCUCCCUCCUUCCCCAUCCCCUUUCCCUCCCCUGUCCCUUCCUCCCUCCCUCCCCGUUGUGGGCUUCUUUAGAGACAAAUUGAAUGUUCCUUCCAUUGGAGCCAGAACUACUGAUACAAGACUAUGGGGGUUAUCAGAAGGGACAUCUGGUCAGUAACACAGUAUGCUUGGGUAGAUGUGAUACACACCCAACACUUGUCUCCCUUUUAAAGGUGUACGCAUUCUAUAGUGGCAAAAAAGAAGAAUGAAAACCUUCUCUUAGGGAAAGAAAAACCGUUUUGGACAACUAUUGAAAUCCAUUCUGAUAUUCUGAAAUUCUAAACAAUUAAAGGUUUACUCUUCUCAUAAUUUUGUCACAUAACCCGUAUAUUUUAAUGCAAUGAUCAUGUCUCUUAUUCUAACAUCUAUUCUUAAUUUCAUAGAACAAGGCAAGUUUUUGACAGCUGAAGCCCUUACACAUUUUUAAUAUUUCUAUUGAUGACUCUGUAAAACAUGGCACAUGUGGAAAAGUACCAAAGUGAUGCUGUCAUUUAUUCACGUCAGUAUCAAAUAUAACAGCAACCAGCACCUCCCGAAGCUAGAGUGAGUGCGUAUUCAGUAUUUAAGGUUACCCUUAUCCUGGAGAUGCUUGCCUGUGGCUGAACUUGAGAGGCAGUAAAAAAGAAAGGGAGAAAAAACAGACAACACAAACAUAAACUUUAAGUCAGAAGGUACUCGCUGGCUAUAUAUGUUCCUUCAGAUUGCAUGACAUGACUAGAGUACGCACAAGGAAAUACAGCUAGUGACACAACUGAGAAGAGAACAAGAGGGGUCACGACAGUCGGCUGUAAUGUGUACGUCACAGAGCUACCCAAGCACUCAAAGCGGAGGCAAUAGAGAAAUAGAGAACUCAGUUUAGUGUGGCUUAAUGAUUAAAUAUAAAAGGUAAAGGGAACAGGAAAUCUAGAACAGUCUCCUGUUUGGGAUCUUCAGAGACUAGAUAAUUGAAUAGGAAACAACUGUUAGGAAUUUAUGUGUUAUAAGCUUUGGCAAUACUGAAUUUGAGAAGAUUUACUGGAAUACAUAAAACAUUAAUGUCAUUGUUAAUAUCAAGACAAAUAGAGUUUUACAAAUAAUUAAGAGAUCUUCAUUAUUUCAACCAUAACAAUGGGGAAUAAGGCCAUCAUUAUAUAAUAGUCUGUUUGAGCUGGUUUGGUUUAUAUAUGCUAUCCCGUAGCAAUUAUUAAUACUUCCCUCUUUUUGUUUGAAAUGCUUCCCACGGCCACCUGACAUAGGUAUAGUGCAUACAAAGAGAAUGUGGGCAAAAGUGGAACUCUACUCUUACUGUUGGUGUUGAAGAGAGGUGGGAGUGACAUGUAGGCCCGUUUAAGAACAUUCAGCCAGGACACAAGAGACCCUAGUUUAAAUCUGCAAGGGUAGGGACUAGAAGAGGAGGGCUUGUAUUACAGCCUCAAAGAACUAUUCUUUUUUUUUUUUUUUUUUUUUUUUUUUUUUUUUGGUUCUUUUUUUCUGGAGCUGGGGACCGAACCCAGGGCCUUGUGCUUCCUAGGUAAGCGCUCUACCACUGAGCUAAAUCCCCAGCCCCCAAAGAACUAUUCUUUAUCUUUGGAUUCUAAGCACACCCAUCCCCAUUUUCUAAGAGACCUCCUUCCCCUCGCUAACGUGGCCAUACUGGCUAAAUCUACAAGCCUCUGCAUUCUCCUGUGUGCCCACGCUUUCUGUGCUUUGCCUGUUCCCACCCUGGUUCAGUCCCUUGCUAGUAUACAUUCUUUGUAGUCAUGUAAGUACACAUAUAUAUAAAAAUCCAAAGACGGGAUCUAUAUAUGAGAGAGGACAUAUGAAGCUUGUCUUUUUGAGUCUGUAUUAUCUAAUUUAAUAUAAUACUUUACAAUCCCAUCCAGUUCACUGAAAAUUUCAUAAUUUCAUUUUUCUUUGUGGCACAAUAAAAAUUUCUGUGUAUACGUUGCACAUUUUUAUUACCCGUUCAUCUGUUGAUGGACAUUUAAGCUGAUUCUGUUUGCUUGCUAUCGUGAUUAGAACCGUGGUAUUAUUAUGUUGUAAAUACAUUACUUUCCAACUAAAAAGAUGACCUAAUAAAGAACAUAGAGAUAGAAUAUAUUCAGCAAUUUUUCAAGAAGAGAAGAGAAGAGAAAGAUAUAGGAGCACUGAUGAGAAUGUAUCAAUUCUCCUUCAGGAAUCAGUGCUGUUUUUCUACUGAUUCAUGACUGUGUCUAUGAAGAGAAAAAUGACCUCGUGCAUUUCUUUCCUUCAGUGAAGGGAAAGAUUUUUGUCUGUCUUGGUUUCCUUUUUAAAUAUAGUAUCUAGAAGAGGGCCUAAUGCAUAAUAGGCUUCUAAACAAAUGUCUAUUGGAGAAAGUAAAUGAGGAAACGAGAGCCCUAACAGGAAGACUGUGUGGAAGAUGAGCUGUGUGACCGCAGUAAAGCUCAUCUGAGAAGGAAGCACCAGGCUGGUCUCAUAAAUAGACUAGUUUAUAGGAAAAGAAAAGAGAAAAUGAAAAAUCCCAGUGCUGUGGAAGAGGAAGAGUAGGAGUAGUCUUGAUAGCCGAAGUGCAUGUGACUGACCACCUCAAGCCUAGAAUAGCUGUGAUGGGCUGGCUCAUAGAGACAACAGUCUGUGGGAACACCCGACUGUGCCCAGGAGUCCCAGAAACAGAGGAGGAGGAAGAUGGUUGAACAGGCUUAGCCCACCUUCAAAUUAAUUAGGGUAAAGGUAAAGGUGGAGGACACUGAGUGCAUUUUAAGAGAGUAGCUUAGGAUGUAUGAACCAAGAACACAGCCUGGAAAUGACUACAAGGAAUGUAUACUAGCAAGGGACUGAACCAGGGUGGAAACAGGCAAAGCACAGAAAGCCGUGGCCACAGAGGAGAAUGCAGAGGCUUGUAGAUUUAGCCAGUAUGGCCACGUUAGCGAAGGGAAGGAACUCUCUUAGAAAAUUAAGUUGAGGAAGGUAAGAUUUUAUUUGGUUCUCCGUGGGUCCCUCAGCAAGAAUAACAAUACGAAAAGGAGAUUAGGUUGAAAGAGAGAGAGAGAGAGAGAGAGAGAGAGAGAGAGAGAGAGAGAGAGAGAGAGAGAGAGCGCGAGAGAGAGAGAGCGCGAGAGAGAGAGAGCGCGCGAGCGCGCGAGCCAGCCACACCGAAACCUCAAACAAAGAAAAUAGCAGGAAAGCAAUUUUUAACCAACCAUUUAUUCAAGUAAGAAGUAUUUCAACACAUAUUGAAUUAGUCAGGGUUCUCUGGCGUCACAGAACUAAUGGAAUAUAUCUCUAUAUUGAGGAAACUUAUUGUGAUGACUUACACUCUGCAUUCCAACUAACCCAGCAAUGGGCGCUGUAGAUCCAGGAAUCUAGUAGUCGCUCAGUCCCAUGAGUCUAGUUGUUUCGGCUGGUCUUCUGUACAAGUAGAUUCUAACCAUACAUGCUGGCCAGUAAGUGUAAGCAGGCAAAGGAGAGUGAGUCUUCCUUCCUCCAAUGUCCUUAUGGAGGUCUCCAGCAGAAGGUGUGGCCCAGAUUAAAGGUGUGCACCAUCACGCCUGGAUCUGGGACUUGCUUUGUCCCAGGGUGACCUUGAACUCAGAGAUCUACCUUGCCUUGGCCUAAGUUUUUUAUGGCCAUGGUGCCUCAAGAUCUCCAUGCCAAGAACCAGGUCAAAAGCUUGUGUCUUCCAGCCUCAAGAUCUGGAUCACAGGUGAGCCUCCAAUUCUGGAUUGUAGUUCAUUCCAGAUAUAGUCAAGUUGACAACCAGGAAUAACCAUUACACAUUUUUACCAAGUUACUACUAUUUACCAGACCGCAGUUUACAUAUGGCACUGUAAAAUGGACCUAGUGAAUGUGUAGGUGCAUACUGUAAGGAGAAAGAACUUUUAUGGAAAGGUUUGAAACAGAUGCAGGAAGAGUGGUUCCCACCUUAUAGUGAAGGGGGCAAGGGCAAUAGCAGGUGAAGAGGGCAGGCUUAGGGGAGGCAUCACUCCUCCUCACGCACGGACUGAGGAGACAGCAGGAGAGGUGGGCAUAAACCAGGCUGGGCAAGUGCAUGGGAAGCAGAAGUUAUUGGGUGAAGUAAGUUUAUCAUGCUAGAACUUAAUGACACAAACAAAGGAGCAAGUGAAGAGACAAACAUAUGUUAUGAGGAGCCAA